GGGGCUUGUCGGGAUGGGGCCGGAGCCAACAUGGAGCUCUCAAAGGGAUAAGGGUGGAGCUGCCGUUGCCGGUUGCUCUUGUUCUCCCGCCCCAUCAUGUUGCUGCACUUAUUUCGGGUCGGGAUUCGGAGCGGCCCUAUUCCAGGCAGGCCGCUGCUAACCCUCCGUCUGCAGACAUUUUCGGCCGUCAGGUACUGUGAUGGCCACCACAGCUCUUACCUCCUCAGGGCCAUGGCCCAGGUGCGGCGCCAGCUCCGGGCCCACCUCCCUCGAACACCCCCAGCUCCCAGCCGAAGCCCCUUUGCCUGGCACUGGGUUGGGGGAGGCCUCCUGGGCCCUGUGGUGCUGAGCAAGUGCCCCCGCCUCUACCUUGUGGCCCUGUGUGAGGCAGAAGAGGCCCCUCCUGCCUGCUCCAGACCCUAUGUUGUGGAGUCCCACUUUAACUGGAAGCUCUUCUGGCAGUUUCUGCACCCCCACCUGCUGGUUCUAGGGGCAGCCAUCGUGCUGGCACUGGGUGCAGCACUGGUGAAUGUACAGAUCCCCCUGCUCCUGGGCCAGCUGGUGGAAAUUGUGGCCAAGUACACGAGGGACCACGUGGGUAGUUUCCUGACUGAGUCCUGGCGUAUCAGCGCUCACCUGCUCCUCCUCUAUGGCAUCCAGGGCCUGCUGACCUUUGGGUACCUGGCGCUGCUCUCCCGCGUUGGGGAGCGCGUGGCUGUGGACAUGCGGAGGGCCCUCUUCAGCAACCUGCUCCGACAAGACAUUGCCUUCUUUGAUGCUAAAAAGACAGGGCAGCUGGUGAGCCGACUGACAGCUGAUGUGCAGGAGUUUAAAUCAUCCUUCAAACUUGUCAUCUCACAGGGACUGCGGAGCUGCACCCAGUUGGCCGGCUGCCUCGUGUCCCUGUCCAUGCUGUCCACACGCCUCACGCUGCUGCUGAUGGUGGCCACGCCUGCCCUGAUGGGAGUUGGCACCCUAAUGGGCUCAGCUCUCCGAAAAUUGUCUCGCCAGUGUCAGGAACAGAUUGCCAGGGCAACAGGUGUAGCGGAUGAGGCCCUGGGCAAUGUUCGGACUGUGCGGGCCUUCGCCAUGGAGCAGCGGGAGGAGGAACGCUACAGAGCGGAGCUGGAGGAAUCCCGCUGUAAGGCGGAGGAGCUGGGCAGAGGCAUCGCCUUGUUCCAAGGGCUCUCCAACAUCGCCUUCAACUGCAUGAUCUUGGGCACCCUAUUUAUUGGGGGCUCCCUCGUGGCUGGGCAGCAGCUGACAGGGGGAGAUCUCAUGUCCUUCCUGGUGGCCUCCCAGACAGUGCAGAGGUCCAUGGCCAACCUCUCUGUCCUGUUUGGCCAGGUGGUGCGGGGGCUCAGCGCGGGCACCCGGGUCUUCGAGUACAUGACUCUGAGCCCGUGCAUCCCGCUGUCUGGGGGCUCCUGUGUGCCCAGGGAGUGCCUGCGCGGGUCCGUCACAUUUCACCAUGUCUGCUUCAGCUAUCCCUCCCGCCCCGGCUUCCAGGUGCUCAAAGACUUCACCCUCACACUGCCUCCUGGCAAGAUUGUGGCCCUUGUGGGCCAGUCUGGGGGAGGAAAGACAACUGUGGCUUCGCUGCUUGAGCGCUUCUAUGACCCCACCGCUGGUAUGGUGAUGCUGGACGGGUGGGACCUGCGCUCCCUGGACCCUUCCUGGCUGCGGGGCCAGGUCAUCGGCUUCAUCAGCCAGGAGCCAGUCCUGUUUGGAACGACAAUCAUGGAGAACAUCCGUUUUGGGAAGCUGGAUGCCACUGACGAAGAGGUUUACACAGCAGCCCGGGAAGCCAACGCCCACGAAUUCAUCACCAGCUUCCCCCAGGGCUACAACACCAUGGUCGGUGAGCGGGGUGCAACCCUGUCUGGUGGCCAGAAGCAGCGCCUGGCCAUCGCCCGUGCCCUCAUCAAGCAGCCCACGGUGCUGAUUCUGGACGAAGCGACCAGCGCACUGGACGCUGAGUCCGAGCAGGUUGUGCAGGAGGCCCUGGACCGUGCCAGCACUGGCCGCACGGUGCUGGUCAUCGCCCACCGGCUCAGCACCGUGCGUGGGGCCCACCACAUCGUCGUGAUGGCCCAAGGCCAUGUCUGUGAGGUGGGGACUCAUGAAGAGCUCCUGAAGAAGGGGGGCCUCUAUGCAGAGCUCAUCCACAGGCAGGCCCUGGAAGCCCCACCGCCCGAGGCGCCCAAAGGCCCCAGGAACCGCCCUGUGAGGUCCUGAGAGCAGUGCCCAGAGCCGGGGCUCAGCGCAGGGGCGCUCCCA